AUGGCUUACCAAACCACUGUAAAGACCCAGAGGAAAAUCUUGAGUAAUUUUUCUGUUGUUGUUCCUAACUCUUGUCGCACUGGCUUCAGUUCCAACUCUGCUUCUGGAGGAUGUGGGUCUGGAUCGGAUUUGGGUAGGGUUGUUCGUGGCCGUGGCUUUGGCAGCCAAAGCCUCUAUAAUCUAGAUGGAUCUCAGAGAGUUCAUGGCAGAGCUUUUGGAGCCUGUUUUGGUAGUCAUGUUGGUAACAGAUAUGAGUCUACUGGUGGCAUGGGGGCUGGAAACUUUGGGUUAGUUGGAUCUGGUUUUGGUGGUGGCAAGCGGGCUCUUGGUUUCCCAGUUCAGCCACUUGGUGGAGUCCAAGAAGUAUCUAUCAAUCAGACUCUACUGGCACCUCUCAACUUGGAGAUUGACCCAAACAUACAGGAAGUUCGUAAAGAGGAGAAGGAGCAGCGCAAGACACUCAACAACAAAUUUGCCUCCUUUAUAGAUAAGGUUCGUUUCCUUGACCAACAGAAUAAAGUGUUGGAAAUGAAAUGGACGCUGCUUCAGGAACAAGGCCAGAAAAUCUCAAGAAACAACGUCAAGACCCUUUUUGAUGCGUACAUCGGCAAUCUCAGGGACAACCUGAAAACCCUGAAAAAAGACAACGGGAGGAUGGUUGGAGAGCUGAACCAGAUGCAAGGCACUGUUAAAGACUACAAGAACCAAUAUGAAGAUGAGAUCAACAAACAUGCAACUGCAGCGAGUGAGUUUGUAACCCUCAAGACUGAUACGGAUGCUGCCCACAUAGUAAAUGCGGAUCUACAAGCCAACAUAAUGUCUUUGGAGGAGGAGAUCAACUUCCUCAGAUCCAUUUUUGAGCUUUACGCCAACUUGCAGGCAGCCACUACAGAGGCAGAAGAGCGCGGGGAGCUGGCCCUCAAGGACGCAGGGCAGAAACUGGCAGAGCUGGAAGAAGCUCUUCGAAGGGCCAAAAAGGACACAGCCAGACAGAUAACGGACUACCAGGAUUUGAUGAACAAUAAGCUGGGCCUAGAUAUCGAGAUUGCCACCUACAGCAAGCUUCUGGAAGGAGAGGAAAAUAGGUUGUCUAAUGAUGGAGUGGUUGCCGUCAACAUCCAACCAUCCAGCACAGAUAUACCCUUGUCUGCCCAGUUUCCUCCAGCCCCAGAAGAAUCUUUCCGAAUGUUAAAAAGGGAAGUCUGUGUGCUUCCUGACAAAAGAUUCAGCUCCCGCAAAUGA